UCAGGAACUUAUAUGAAAUAAGCAAAAUGAGUGGUCUUAGACAGCCUAGUUUCGAACUGGUUCCUGGAGAACAUUUAGCCAAGCUGCUUAAUGCUCAAGCCCUCAUAUGGAACCGCAUUUUCAACUUCAUAAACUCCAUGUCCCUUAAAUGUGCAAUUCAGCUUGGUAUACCUGAUAUCAUCCACAACCACGGAAAGCCCAUGACUCUUUCUGAGCUCCUUGUAGCACUCCCUAUCCACCCAACAAAAGCUUGUAAUGUUUCUCGUCUCAUGCGCAUUCUGAUCCACUCUGGCUUCUUUGUUGCAGAAAAAAUAAUCGGAAAUGACCAAGAAGAAAGGUAUGCACUCACUGAUGCUUCCAGGCUCCUGCUCAAGGACAAUCCCUUGAGUGUUACCCCAUUCUUAAUUGCCAUGCUCGAUCCUGUUUUGACAAAGCCUUGGCAUUUUCUGACCGCAUGGUUCCAAAAUGAAGAUCUUACGCCGUUUGAUACGGCACAUGGAAAGAAGUUUUGGGAUUAUGGGGGCCAUGACCCAAAGCUUAACCAUCUUUUCAAUGACGCUAUGGCUAGUGAUGCUCGCUUGGUGAUGAGCGUGGUGAUCGAUAAGUGCAGCGCAGUGUUCAGUGGAUUGGAAUCAUUGGUUGAUGUUGGUGGCGGUACAGGAACUGUGGCCAAGGCCAUUGCCGACGCAGUCCCAAGUAUGGAGUGCACGGUGCUUGAUCUCCCACAUGUAGUUGCUGGCUUGGAAGGGAGUAAGAAGUUGAAGUAUAUUGGAGGGGACAUGUUUGAGGCAGUUCCUCCUGCAGAUGCAAUCUUGCUUAAGUGGAUAUUGCAUGACUGGAACGACGAGGAAUGCAUUAAAAUACUUGGAAGAUGCAAAGAGGCAAUCACGAGCAAUGACAAGAAAGGAAAGGUGAUAAUCAUUGACAUGAUAGUACAGAACCAGAAAGAAGAUGAUGAGGAGUCGAUUGAGACGCAGCUAUUUUUUGACAUGGUGAUGAUGGUAAUGGCCACUGGAAAAGAGAGAAACGAGAAAGAAUGGGCAAAGCUGUUUUUCGAUGCUGGUUUCAGUGACUACAAGAUAACCCACAUACUGGGUUUAAGGUCUCUCAUUGAGGUUUAUCCUUAAAUUAAUGGCUAGCUCUUCCAAGAGUGAAAAACUGUGUGCAUGCCGAGGAUAUAUACAUUAUUAAGGAAAAUUCUAUAUUACCAUACUAUCAUUUCAUUUGCAUUCCACUAAAUAAGAUGUGUCAUUUAUCACCUUUAAAUGAUCAUUUAUUACAUACUUUUUUAUCAUCAAAUAGUAAUAAAUGCCCCACAUCAUAUAUAAUAAGAUGCAAGUAAGAUAGUGGUGUGGUGUAUAACAUUACUCUAUUAUUAAUAUAGUACUAUUGCAUGUCUUAUAUAUAUUUGCCCUUCAUCUGUAUAUGCCUGUGUGCACUAUAUAUACGUUAUCAAAGUGGCCGGCUUGCUUUCUCCCACUUUAUAUAAGAAUAAAGAAUGAUCAGUCUUCUUACUUUUA